AUGGCGAUCUCUUCUCUAAUAUCGUCGCUUCGGGCGCUGUCCCUUCGCGCGACACAGAUACCGGCAGCUCGACAGGUUCUGCGAGAACAUCAGUUCACUCGUAGCAUCUCCCAAGCAGCCCUAGCCCCCAGAACGACAGCAAGACCUCCGCCGACGAUAGCGAGCGCAACGAGAAUGAUCCAAGCCGUCACGCAGCAGACCAGGGGCAUGAAGGUUCACAGUUCAGUCAAGAAGCGCUGCGAACAUUGCAAGGUCGUGAGAAGAAAGGCUGGCAAGCGACAUCGUGGUUACCUCUACAUCAUCUGCAGCGCAAAUCCAAGACAUAAGCAACGACAAGGAUAA